UCCGCCAGGGGGCGAGAGAUUAGUCGGUCAGGCAGAAAACAAAGGCCCGUCAUCUCUUCCCUGGCAGCUAGCAGCUUUGGUCCAUCGGCAUCCUCGACCGCGUCGCGCUCCUUCGCUGCCUGCCAGCGUCCCAUGGGCGGCCGCGCGGCAGGGUACGGCGUCAGUCGAGAGCGAUGAGCCGCAGCCGAGCAGGCUGGCUGGCGGCGGCCGCGGGGGUACGAUGGCCGGGCGGCGCGGCUUGCUGAAGCGCAAGCCGAACUUCACGCUGCAGGAGAUCGACAUCCUCAUGAGCGAGGUGCUCAAGUACGAGCAGCUGCUCUUCGGGGCCGCCUCAACCAACGUAAACGCCUACGAGAAGCAGAAGAUCUGGUGGCGCAUCACCAACAAGAUCAACGCUGCCGGGCGCAACCAGCGCGACAUCGGGGAGGUCAAGAACCGCUGGCGGGGCCUACGACGCCGCGCCAACGAUAAGAUCACCCGACACCGCCUGCAGCGCCAAGCCCAGCCCCCUGCCGAGCGCCCUCAUCUCGCUCACCUACCAGGCGGCGGGAGCAGCGAGCUGCCCAGCCAGCCUGAGCUUGGCCCCGAAUGGUGCCUGCACGGCGUUUGCCCCCUGGACACGCCGCCGCUGGCCACGAUGGAGGUGGCGGCUCUUCAGGGUGUGAAGGAGGAGCCAGUGAAGGAGGAGCCAGUAGAUGUGAAGUCAGAGCCAUUCCUUCCCCUUCCCACUGAGGCCAUCCAGCAGCAUGUGACCCAGGGGGCUGAGAGGCAGCUGCUCAGAAGUUCUGGCCAUGCCCCUGAUGAUCCUUGUGAAGGCUGGAGCAGAAGCCCCCAAAAUUCCUCACAGACUGACCUCUCACUCAGUGAGUUUGGGGGACGACAGGAGGCCCUGGGUUCGGAUUAUGCAAGUAUCACAUUUGACCGUGAGUCACCACAUGGGCGCCUAAAUGAUUGUAACAUAGAUGUUGCUCCUGCGACUCUGCCGAUUCAGGAAGGGCUGUCAGAAAGCAGCCACCUUAGCCUAGCAGAGAGGCGGAUUGUCCAGUCUAAUGAGCAGCUGAUACAGGAGUUGCGUGCCUUCCGGCAAGAGUAUACUGAAAGCUGCAGGGAGACUGCCUCCAUCUUGCACAGCAUUGCUGAAGCCCUGAGCGGUGUCUGCAGCAGCCUGUCUGAGAUCCGGGAUCUCUACCUCUGCCAGCAGGUGGUACCCAAGCAAUGAGGGUUCUACCAGCAGAAGAUCCUGAGCACCUGUAGGUACAAAUGUCCUUUCAUGGAUAGGUAUCAUCUAUUCCAGAAGUGUCUAAUGUGGGCAAGAAUUUCUUCAGCUAUUGGAGAGAAAUAUUUGUUUGUUUUUCAGCACAGAUUUUGCCUUGGAUUUUCCUAAUUCCAGUCCCAGCUCAAUAAAACUGAAAUGGAUCUCUCUGCUUAGGAAUUUGUUACCAGGCAGGACAUGUCUUUGGACCAUCUGUCUAAACAGUAAUUCAUUUGUUGCAUUACCCACCUUCUGUCUCUGCUGAAGAGUUGCAGUGCUUCUCCUAAGGGGAGAACAGCCCUCAUUGUUUCUGCUGCCUCCAUUUUAUUUCCUUAGUCUGUGCUGUCACUGCCCCACCAUGUGUAUCCGCACUGCUCCUUUCUCCGCUGUCAUCAUGGUUGGUCUGCUGAAAAUCCUCAAGGACUUGUGGAGUCUGCUUAGGGUUUGCUCUGGUGCAAGAAUGGUGCCACUUACAGAGGAGCUGUGCUGUUGAACUUGAUGGCAAUACUCUAGUAUAAAUGAUUUUAGGCCUAUAGCCUAAGGACGAAGUGGCAGUGCUUCUUGUUAAGAGUCUUAUACUUGGACGAGGCUGCAGUCAGAAGCAGAAGAACGAUUUCUCAAGACAAAACUGGCUCCUUGGUGUUUUGUUUUGUUUUAAAAUCCAAUUUAUUACUAUUUUCCCCCUCAAUUUGAAAGAGGGUGCUCAGGUAGGAGAUAAAAUGAAACUCUCUCUUACUAGGGCUGCAGACACUCAAGUCAUCCCACACUGAUCCCAGAUGUUAUAUGUGGGAUAUUGGUUAGUUGGUAGGCUGGUUUAAAAUUUUGCAGAACAUUCUCACAUUGAGCUAACAGUAAGCAAAACCAUGGCUUAAGCUGUGUCUACACUAUGACAUUCAUACAUACAUGGGUUGCUGUUUCCAUGUUUGCAUCUGUGCACCUUCAUCCACACACGAGCACUUUCCAUUUUAUGCCUCCAAAAUCUGUCUCAACAUUUCCUGUCCACACAAGGGUGGAGUGCUUCCAUGGGACGUAGUUCCAUUUUGUGCUGUUGCCCCUU